UUCGCUUUGCCGCCGAUGGCUCCGCCGCCUGGUUUUGCUGGAAAGACACAGUACAAUUAUUAUACCAAAGAUGGUGGACCUCCAAACCAAGGCAAGCCCCCCGGUCCUCCUGCUCCUACAGGAGCACCCCCGCCGUACUCUUUCCUUCCACAAGUCGGGCCGCACCCAGCAGCCCAGCCUGGGCCAUUCGUCGUCCCUCCCCGCGCGGCAAAUCCUGGUAUGGUCUGUUUUCCGAACGGUGGCCCUCCACCAGCACCAGCACCUCCACAGGCUCCAGAUUUGGUUUGGAUUCCAGCGGCGCCCGCUCCUCCAGUAGGACCAGCACUGUUACCUGCAUGCUCCCAAAUUGCACCGACACCUGCGACUGUUGCACAAGCAGCUGCUCGAGGCCCAGAGCCUCCUGUUACAGGGAACAGAAUCAAAGACAGCUUAGUGAUACUGAGGGAGAGUGGAGGCGCCGGCUAUAUUGCAUCCAAAAGUAAUGCAACAUUUCACGUCUUCAACAGAGGUAUCUUGUCAGUCUACACGCCUGAUGUCAACAGAAAAAUCAGCAUUCCCGCCCACGCCAAUGAAAGCUUCCAGAUCCAGAUAGCGGCAUGCUCAAUGCCUCUGCAGGAAUUCAUUGAACAACUGGAUUGUAUCAAGGACGCGCCAGCGAGCUUUCCUCGAUCGGCGAUAGGGAUUGCGCAAUUGGUAGACCACGGUGAUGGGUGUUUUGAGGUGGGGAGUAGAUUCAUGCUGGACGAAGAUUGUUCGAAGUCGACGAUCGGGCAGAUCUUUGGCAAUGUUGGAGAAGCUGGCCUCGCUCGACCAGUAUACUUGACAAGGCUUCCGUGA